CAUUCAGGUAUGCAAAACACUCACUUACACUACUGAUUACACACACCGUUGUUAAUUACUUAGUUACUUUAUAUAAUAAAUAUAUAUGUUGAUACUCCUUGUCUCCACGUUGUCUCCCUUUUGUUGCGAACUCUGAGCCGGUUCGUAACAGGGGACACACUUUUCACGCCACUUUAAUACAAAGUGAUUUUUGCAAAUUCACCCUUUCUCUAACCUUAACCUCAGACUCCUAACCUGCUAUGUUAAUUAUCCUAACCUGCUACUAAAAAGUCAAUAUGGUAUCGAAGUGGCAUGAAAAUAGUGCUUCCCGUCUGAGAUCACCCUUAACCGCUUACAGUGGAAGAAUGCCAUGCUAUUGUUUGAGGAGAGUGCACAAUUAUGAAUUGAAAAUGUGUUAAUAAACCAAUUAGGCACAUUUUGGCAGUCAAUACAACAUUUUGAACAGAUAUGUAUUGGUUCAUUGGAUCAGUCUAAAACUUUGCAUAUACACUGCUGCCAUCUAGUGGCCAAAAUCUAAAUUGUGCCUGGACUGGAAUAAUACAUUAUGGCCUUUCUCUUGCAUUUCAAAGAUGAUUUUUUUUUUUUUUUGUAUUAUCUUUUACCAGAUCGAAUGUGUUAUUCUCCUACGUUAAUUUCACUUUUCCACAACCUUAAGUGUUUCCUUUCAAAUGGUAUCAAGAAUAUGCAUAUCCCUGCUUCAGGUUCUGAGCUACAGGCAGUUAGAUUUGGGUAUGACAUUUUAGGCGAAAAUUGUAAAAAAGGGUCGGAUCCUGUAAGCAGACAGGAACUGACCAUUUAUUUUAAUGUAUUCGUCAUCUUUGUUUUAGCCUAGCUCGAUUGAUUGAGACCUGCAAAGCUUUGUGGGAUGUACUCAAAAGCCAAUGAUUAAAUAACCAUCUAUAUCUUAAAUCGAUUUUUAUGCGCACUCAGGAAAGUUGUUACAUUGUGAUGAACUUUGUGAAAUAUGUUUUGAUAACAUUUGGUCCAUCUGAGAAUGUUCUUUUGUUCAAUAAAAAAUGUCCUUAAUUUUUAUUAUAUUGCAGAGUAUUAUGAUAUAAAAAUAUAGCAGAGUGCCUGAUUAUUCAGCUAAUUAUCUACCAGUGAUGGAUGAUGACUGGAUUGGGAGGAAGGUUUGGAUAAAAAAUGUAGGGAUGAUAUGGGACCAGAUAGGGAGUAAACAGGACAUGCAAGGUUUUGCCAUGUGACAAGCAGAUCCCUAGGUGAGCAUUCCCUAUGGAAUGCCAGGUAAGUUUCCUGCUCUACAUCAUACAUGAUCCACACAAAGCACAAACCAAAGGCAGGGGAUACUGUGGACUUAAACCAGGUAAGACUCUCCACUUUAUCCUUGUUUCUAUCUUAAUUGUAUCCUCUUUAUCUUUAACUCUGCCUUGUUGGAAAAGGACCUGUAAGUAAGAAUUUCACUGAUAGUUUACACCUGUUGUAUACGAAGCAUGUGACAAAUAAAAUGUGAUUGAUUUAAUUUGUAAUAUUGAUUAAGUCACCUAUUACAAACAAUUGUAACUAACAAUUGUCUUACAUGUAACUAACAUAUCUUAUAUGCAACUAACGAGCUGCUUUUCAUUGGCAGAAAUCCUAAUAAAGUAGGGUGUGGAGCUAUGCUGUGUGAGGCCUACUCUGACCACUGGGGUGGUCACCACACAGGGUUCCACUGUCCCCGCCUCUCUGACCCCCCUGACCUGUCCUUCUGUUGCUGGCUGGGAGAGGGGCUGGGGCUCAAACAGUGCUGCCCACAUUCCCUGUACCACAAUAGCAUGAACAGCAGUCAGACAGAGACCAGAGCGAACUCCAAAGAACCUAUUUACAGCUACAGGUCCCUGUUCCAGACUGUGGUUCUGCUCUAUGGGUCCUUGGUACUGGUCCUGAUGCUUGUGGACUUCCUAUGGUUCUGUCGUGCGCGGGGUCUCUCAGUAAUGUCAGCUCUUACGAGGCAUGUCACGUGUCCCCGCUGGAUCUCUAGCCUCCUCUUCCCGUACAGCAACAAGACACAGCAGCAGCUCUACCGCUACCAUGGCAAUGGGAGGGACUCACAAGUCCUAGGUGAGCACAAGAUCCCUCAAGACUCCUCUUGUCUCUAAGGUAACAGAGGACACCGACAACAGUCAGGCAAUUUGGCUGACCCAUUAAAGACUGAGAGUGUCCUAGGGGAGAAAUGUCCAUGCCAAGUUCUACAUUUGAGCAUUUGAAUCCCUUGAUGGCCAUCAAUUUAAAACAACAAAAAACUGGAUAACAUACUGCCACACUAUGGCAUAACAGGGUGUUUUCAUGCAUAUGGAUCACACCAGAGUAUAUAGGGAUAAUGAGUGAUCAUAAGGUAUCUUAUGGUUUUGCUUGUAUAUUUCCAAUGUGUAUAGUUUUAAUAGGUACAUUUAUUCCCACCAGCACCAGAUGUAUUAGGAUAUACAGUGAAUCAGUAAACUAUUUUGUCUCUAUACUGAGCAAGAGGGCUCAUACCUAAUGCCCUGCAUUGGGUGUCUACUUCAGGUAAAUGUAUGGAACAUUGGAUGAUACUGUAUGAUAUCUAUGGUCUGUAUUUUGUCAUCAUUAUCAUAAUGAAAUACAAUGCUUCAUACUAAAUAAAAGGUAACAUUGCAGCCCUAAUAAAAUCAA